UGUAAAGCUUGUCGAGGAUGAAUGUUUAUUCACUUCUUUUAAUUGUGGACCGAUUCUUCAUUUUGAUAUUGUGUAUUUAAAUCUUAAUGAGGACCUCGUGUGAUAUUCAGCAGGUCCUUAUAAAGAGAACUUCGUCCCUCCUAUGGACCAUCCUCCAUCUCUGCAGUGAUCAGCUCAGGAAAAUCUUGGUCACUGUUUCAGUGUGGAGAUCCUCACAGCUCUGACUCAUUCAGCUAUUUUUCCUCUCAAUGAAGAGUUUCAUUUAAUUCAUCAUCAUCAUCCUUCAAGUUCUUCAGGUUUUUUUACAUUUCAAGGAUGUAUCUGGAGAAUAAGAACAAUUUAGAGAUGGAGAUUUCUCAGACGGGAGCUCAGGGACAUCAGAAGUCAGAGGCUGUGGCUGAAAACUUUGAUGAGCUGCGUCUCUUAGAGGGAUUUUCUAAAAGAACAGAGACGCAGAAGCUGCUGCAGGCCGCUGCAGUGCCACCGGGACACCACAUCAUCUACACCGAGCACCAGGAUAACAGGAGAAACUUCAGCAUGGUGAACCUCUUGAGAGGAAAGCCAAGCCACACGGAGAGAUCACCACUGCUGCGUAUCACUCAGGACGACGAUUUAACAUACAUGACUCUGCGUGACCCCGGCUUUAGCUCCAGGGACGAGUAUUGGGACGGGAAUUCGGUGGAGUUGGAGCGAAGAUGUCGAUUGGGGAGUGAGGUGACCAGUCUGUCCCGUUCCGUCUCCACUGAUAAAACUGAGAACAACUUCAAACUCUCCUCCAACCUCAGAAACUGUUUGCGAGUCACAAAACUCGUGACCAUCUUCAUCAUCGUCAUUCUCUGUACACUGCUGUUCAGUAUGUUUCCUGAUCGUGAUCGUCCCUGGCGGAUGCUGGCUAUCUCAUCCACCUCGAGCUUCUCCAUGAACUUGACAAAUUUCCGUGAGAACGCGCUGCUGAAGCUUCAGGUGGGAGGGCCGUUUCAGGGUGGGAUCGAGGAUGUUCCUGCGCAGGAGUACAUCGUGGUGCAGGUGGAACAGACAGUGGAGAUUUCGGCCCGUAAGAAACGAGUGCAACAGGUGUUUUAUAACUGGACUAUACCUUUACAUUCCAAACGGAGUGACCAGAUUCUCAAAACCAGGACCUUUUCAAUGCUUAAUGGAGCUCCAAUCCAGAUUAACGUGCAGGCCUUCCUGCAGGACAAUCAGGUGGUUCCUCUGUCCAUGACUCACCAGGCGCUUUCUCUACGAGUGGAAACUCAGGUGCUGAUCGCUGGACUCAUCCUGGCUGGAGUUUACGUGCUGAUCAUCUUCGAGAUCGUACAUCGUACUCUGGCGGCCAUGUUGGGAUCGCUGGCGGCUCUGGCAGCUCUCGCUUACGUUGGAGACAGGCCCAGUCUAAUGACGGUUGUGGAGUGGAUCGACUUUGAAACAUUGGCUUUGUUGUUUGGCAUGAUGAUUUUGGUGGCCAUUUUUUCCGAGACUGGCUUCUUCGAUUAUUGUGCUGUCAAGGCGUAUCAAUUGUCCAGGGGACGAGUUUGGCCGAUGAUCAUCAUCCUGUGUCUCAUCGCUGCCAUUCUGUCUGCGUUCCUUGACAACGUGACCACCAUGAUGCUCUUCACUCCUGUAACCAUCAGGUUAUGUGAGGUGCUGAAUUUAGACCCCAGACACGUCCUGAUUGCUGAAGUCAUCUUCACCAACAUCGGAGGAGCCGCGACCGCUGUUGGAGAUCCACCCAAUGUCAUCAUCGUCUCCAACCUAGACUUACGCAAAAAGGGACUGGAUUUUGCUGCGUUUACAGGCUACAUGUUCCUGGGCAUCUGUCUGGUUCUGCUGACCUCCUUUCCCUUCCUGAGGAUUCUCUUCUGGAAUAAAAAGCUCUACAACAAAGAGUCCAGUGAGAUUGUGGAACUGAAGCACGAGAUUCGGGUGUGGAGACAGACAGCGCAGCGGAUCAACCCUGCCAGCCGAGAGGAGACGGCUGUCAAGUGUCUUCUCAUGGAGAAGGUUCUCAACCUGGAGAGCCUCCUGCGCAAGAAGCUCCGGACCUUUCAGAGGCAAAUAUCUCAAGAGGACAAAAACUGGGAGAGCAACAUCCAGGAGCUCCAGAAAACGCACAGAAUUACAGAUAAAGUCCUGCUGGUGAAGUGUGUGUCGAUACUCUCUAUAGUCAUCUUCAUGUUCUUCCUGAACUCCUUUGUAGCCGGGAUUCAUCUGGAGCUGGGUUGGAUCGCAGUACUGGGUGCUCUGUGGCUCCUCAUUCUGGCUGAUAUUCAGGACUUUGAGAUGAUCCUGCACAGGGUUGAAUGGGCCACACUCCUGUUUUUCGCCUCACUGUUCGUGCUCAUGGAGGCUUUGGCUCAGUUGCAGCUGAUCGACUACAUCGGAGCUCAAACCGCAGCUCUAAUUAAAGCUGUACCAGAGGGCGAGCGGCUGGCCAUCGCUAUCAUCCUGGUCAUGUGGGUCUCGGCUUUGGCUUCCUCACUCAUAGACAACAUUCCCUUCACUGCUACGAUGAUUCCAGUGCUGAUUAACCUGAGCCAGGAUGACGACGUGAACCUCCCCGUGAAACCUCUCAUAUUCGCUUUGGCCAUGGGGGCGUGUCUCGGAGGUAACGGGACGCUGAUCGGUGCGUCGGCGAAUGUGGUGUGUGCCGGAAUCGCAGAACAGCAUGGAUAUGGAUUUUCUUUCAUGGAAUUCUUCAGGUUGGGUUUCCCCAUGAUGGUGAUGACGUGUACGAUAGGCAUGUGCUACCUCCUGGCCACUCACAUAGGCCUCGGCUGGAACAUCUAAAUCUGCAGAACUGAACGAGGGACUGCACUGCGUCAGUGUGUGAUUUCCAAGGAAGAUGAUGAAGAUGAUGAAGAGAAAACUUCAAAUCAUUGGAACAAGGGAACGCCUGCUGUGUUUUUCCACCGGUGCUAUUACCAUCAUUAGUGUUAUUUCCACUGUUACGUCGCAAAUGUGGGAGGAGUUUCGGGACGUUUAUGUUGUCACACUUGAGCCCCGCCCAUUUGUUUUCUUUAUGAUAUAUCUAUACUCGUUUUGUUUUUCGCACUUGUAACCACACUGCAAUCCACCAGCACAAAAAUGAAUGUUUGCUCUAAGCGCAAGGUCUUCAUGCUAACAAUCGAACUGUCUUAGCUACAUACAGUACACUUACCGCCCCUAGUGUGAACUCUGUCUUCACCUGACAUAACCAUGUAUUAAACAUGUCACGGCAGGUUAUGGACAUGUGCAGUGAUGUGUUAUAGUUAUGACUAAUUAUCACAAUGUAAUUUAAUCAUUUAAUCUAAGAACACAUCUGCCUUGCUGGGAGAUUGUCUGUUUAUCACAAUAAAUUUCAGAUUAUUUUCAGAUAUUUUCCAAAAGUUAGGGGUCAGGGGUUAGGGUAGAGAGUUUAGGGAUAAGGAUUCGUUCUAAAACGUAGGGGUUGGUGUUAGGGUCAGGGGUUGGAGCCAGAGAUUAGAGUUUGGAGUUAAAGGUUAAAUGUAGGAGUUUGAGUGAGGGUCAGGGGUUAGGGUAUUGAUUUAAGUGUUAGGAGUUUAGGGUUUAGGGUUUAGGGUUAAGAAUUGGUGGUAAAAUGUAGAAGUUGGUGUUAGGGUCAGGGGUUAGAGAUUGAGAUUAAAGUUAAGGGUUAAAUGUUGCGGUUCGAGUGAGGGUCAGGGGUUAGGGUUAGAAGUUAGGGUUUAUGGUCAAGGGUUAGGGUUAGACACAAAGGUUUAGGGAUAGGGCCAGGGGUUUGGUUUAUAUUUUAUGGUUAAAAGAUAAGGGUUGGAAGUUUAGGGUUAAGAUUGCGGGUUAAGGGUCAUUGGUUGGGGUUAAAGUUAGGAUGAGGGUCAGGGGUAGGGUUAGUGUUUAGGGUUUAUAGCCAAAGGUUAGGGUUGAACAUCACGGUUUAGGGUUAAGGUCAGGUGAUGGGGUUUAAACCUCAUGGUAUAGAGUUAAAGGUUAUGAGUAUAGGGUUAGAGGUUAGAGAUAAAGAUUUGUGUUUUACAAGAAAUUAUCUACUUAACUGUUCUACUUAUUUCGACAUACUUUAACCAAUGUUUUCAUUCCUUCCAUCUUUCAUUCAAUCAUUCCCUCUUCGUGCAGAAUUGUCAGGAUUUUUCCUUUUAAGAGAAAUUUUGGAAACUGGACAUAAAACUCCAUAGCGCUGCAUUGGGUAACCAGGAAGUGGCGAUUUCGCAUAUGCACAAAACAAAUUGUAUUUCUGCUGUGGAGCGAGUAGCUACAACACUGUGCAAACUUUAGUUUCUUUAUUAUACCCCAGCCGGAGACUAAACAAACUUGCGGUCCGCCACUUAUUUCGUCUGUGAGGGAACUCAGAUCGUUACUAUGUUCCGCACGUAAAAAGAAUUACCUUUGGUACACGUGUGCACCAAAACGAAAGUCGUAAACUGAAACAGUUUGGUAGGAAUACGUGUACCAUUAAACCCUUAUUAGACUGCCUAAAUAUCUUCUUACCAUCACACGGUUCUUUUUAUAUAAUUGUCUAAAAAUGAUUCUAGCUUCGUUUUAGUUUUUCAGGCCAUCUGAUGAAAGGGAUUUUCAUUUGUGCCUUGAAAAAACAGAGAAAAUAUGAACAUGGAAUAGGAUUGAUCACAUUUUUUUCCUUCUGUCCUCUAAUCCCCGUGAACUGCGGCGGAUCAACUAAUACGAUAUGAUCUGCGGAUAAUAUUGCGUCUGCUUUCGUCGUUUCACUUUUCCUUGAUACAGGCGACUUUAAUUACGGCAGGUUUAAUGAAACUCGUAGCUCAUAAAACAGACCUUCAGCUCAUUUCAUUUUUCCUUUGUUAAUUUAAAUGGCCCACAUUGAUGUACUUUAUAUUUCUAAAUAGCCAUGAAUGCAUUUCUCCAUGUGUCCUUCACCACCUAUGUUUCAGGCAGUAAACUGUUAUUAUAGAUGAAUGUUUUAUAAAUCCUGUACUCAUUACACUGGAGCUGAUAAGAAGUGGAAAUUAAACCCAACUUAUAUUGUACUGUCAAACUGUUUCCUGUUUAUAUAAGUGCAUAGACUAGAUUCCACUUUUAUAUAAA